AUGUACAUCCUCGGGAUUUCUAUUCCCUUGGCAUGCCUCUUGUGGCAUCUUAUAUGUUGUAUCCUCGCCGUCAUUGAGUAUGCGGUAUGGUUGCAGUUUGUUUCGCCUAACGAGAUGAGCGACUCGUUGCGUGGUGGGCAUCUUGCUUUUGCCGUCAUGGGCUUCGUCGCGUAUGCGGUGGCUGCGGCACCGCUCUUUGUGUAUGCGUACAAGUACGGGCUCUCAUACAGCCAGCGCCAGAAACGGUUUGUAUGUGGCGUCGCAGUGGUGUUUACCAUGUGGUCGUUUCCGAUUUUUGUCAUUGAAUUGACAAUGGUGCUCUCCCACAUGGGCGGGCGCAAUCCACUCGAUGGGAUUGUCUUUGUUUUGAGUCUGAUCUCGUCUGUCAUCGGCGGGUGCAUCGUGUGGUUCGCUUACAUGCGUUUCGUGGCGUACUAUAUUCAUCACUUCCGUGGUUCGGAACGGCGGAUUGGCCUCCACGACAGCUUGGCCCUCUAUCCCAUGCAUCCCAUGCGCUCGGUACCGCGAGAGGGGCAACCAGACACGAUUUAG